CUCUCUCUCUCUCUCUCUCUCUCUGUUCCAGCCCUUUCGCCACUCUUCCUGCUAAUCCUUUCCUCCCACCUGCCGGUCCCCUCCCGGCGCCAAGGGACAUGCGCGCCUGCCUCCUCUUGCCGCCAGUCACCCGCGAGGACUCUCUCUGCUAGCCCACCCGCGCCACACACCCGCCACGGACUCCCCCUGUCAGGAACACUCUACUUGUUGCUCCCACUACUCGUCUGCGUGAGGUUCCUGAUCGGCGAGACAGGUACUGAAUACGUGACACUGGCGACACAAAGGCGACAGACACCAUGAAGGACAUGAACAACUCCCUCGCCUCGAAGGACAAGACCCUGAAGGAAACGCUGAAGUCCGCAUCAUCCCCAAGGACAUCUGAAUCCAGGCUUUCUUCAGUAGCUAAUGGGAAUGCGAAUGAUCUUGACCACUUACAGGCCGAGGAUGAGCACCUGAUGUCCACUGUGACUCCUACAGCAGGGGAUGUUAGCAAGGAAUCCGCGGAGAGCCAAGGAGAGGCGCCCCCGUCCACAAUGUCAGUGGGUUCUCUGGUGGAGUAUCUCAUGAGUGGCCCAGGAAGAAAGGCUGCCAAGAAGCUACAGAAGGAAAACAACGCAGAUAGGUCCAGCAUGGUGCGAAGUCAUAUGGUACACCAAGUUACUACUGCAGGGGUCCACACGCCUCCCCCACACCUCGCCACACCCCCACUUGAGGUACCCGAGGAGCAGGAGCCAUUCGUGCCGGACAAGGCGACCACCAUGGAUGAGGUGGUACAGUUGGCAAUACAGAACAAGGAUAAGGUGAACAGAAGUCUUGAACAUGAGACCCAAGAACAGAGACAAAACGAUACACAACAGACAAAUCUGGCCAAUAUGGAGGACAAGAACGAAGCGCACUCUGGAGAUGGUGAUAAAGACUCCAGUUUGUCAGUAGCCACAGAAAAAACUAACGACACGCUGCAAGGGAGUGGCAUGGUUUCUCUUGCAUCCCAACCUGAUGAAUCUAGCCCAACUGAAAGUUCAGUCCUCACCAGUGCCACAAAGAUUCAAAGCAGGCCUGGCUCCAGCGACCGCGCGGCAACUUCCAGCAGGCCUCCAUCUAGUGGCAGGGUUGCUGUGCCGAAAAGACCAGACUCUAAGGAGAGAAUCGUGAGCUCCAGCAGACGUCCCUCAAAGGACAGGGCCACCAGCUCCAGCAGGCCCACUUCUAAAGACAGGGAUAUUAACUCCAACAGAUCUACUUCAAAGGACAGAAAAUUAAGCUCCAGCAGGCCGCCCUCGAAAGACAGAACCAUAAACUCCAGCAGAUCUACUUCGAGGGACAGAACUAUAAUGACCAGUAGGCCUACUUCAAUAGAAAGGGCCAUGAGCUCCAGUAGGCCUACGUCAAGAGACAGAGGUGUUAACUCUAGCAGACCCAAUUCAAUAGAGAGAAGUUCAAGAUCUAGACCACCAAACAGGCCCACCUCUAGGGAAAGACCGCCUACAACCCGGAUAGAUAAGAAAAAGACCUUGGCUUCAGUACAGGAAGGAAGAGAGGCCGCUACCAGGCCCUCGAGACCAACCUCCAGGAGCAUGGGAUCCACUGAGCCAAAGAUCACCAUCAAGGAGACGUCAGUUUUUCAGAGGCCCGAGAAUGUUGAUCACGGCCUGCCUCCUUCUGGGGCUACGAAGCAAGGUAAAUCAGCUCCAGUGCAGGACAAGCUAAAUCAGGAAAGGAAUGUUGCAAAAUUGUACCAAAGACUUAUCAAGAAACAUGUGUCAGGCAACAAAACAGGUCCUUCUAAAGAGGUUGCAAGUGACAAAGGUCCUGCCAUGGCUGAUCACGCCUCCAAAUACAGAGUACAGAGCCAGACUCCUGAUCUCCGUGAUGGGUCACCAUUACAACCAACUAGAGAAGAGGUGUCAGUGCAACAAAAUGACACUCUUUUAGUGGGUGCUUCACUGUCUCUCAAUAAUACUUCAUCAAGGCCACAGACUCCGAAGCAGGGCACUUCAAGCAUCGGAGACACAUUGGCCAUGGUGGCACCACAGGAAGGCUUAGAUAAGGAGUCUGACGCCAAACAGCUCGUGGUACAGGAGGCACAGCCAAGUCGCUCCUUGCUGUCAAGCAUGGCAGAACAAAAUUUUUUAAAUUCUCGAAGCCAGAGACCAGAGUCACCUGUUCCCGAACCAAAGACUGGCGAACAGGCUGAGUUACAAAAUAAGCAUGCAGCUUCCUCGGGUCAUUCACAGGAAAUAAAACCACUGACUGCACUCGAAGGAGCCAAUCAGAGCACACAAGUUACUGAGAAAUCAGAAUCAGACAGCCAACCAGAGAGCGGGAAGCAGCCCCCGACGGACCAAUCAAUAACUGAGGACGGUGUCGCGGCCAGCACGACGAGCGUGAAGGAUAGUGGCGGUAAAGUCCCGACUCUCGCCAGUGUUCCCUCACGUGCGGCGCUGAGCGGAAGCGGUGAGAACGAUGCUGCUGGUGAUCCUUACACGGCUUUGCCCUUAAUACAGGGCGAAGUGGGAACCAGCAGCAGUGUUAAAACAGUCGUCCCCUUCGACCCUCUGAAGCUGCCUCCUCACAGUGAACAUGGAAUUAUCCCCAUUGAGAGCAGCCGCGGCGGACUCCUCCCACGUGUACUUGACCAACCUGUACCCUACGUAUCUUCCCUCCGUGGAGAUGUUCUCGUGAAGGCUCUAGAGGAGUCAGCGAGAACGAACGCAGGUGAUAGAAUACAUAUACCUCCACCACAAGUACAAGGCGUCAUGCCCUAUCAUGUGGCACCGCGAGGAUCCUCUCUGUCGGCUGUGGAGGUCCCCGAACCUACCCUGUCUACUGUGUCGCUGGCUGUAUCUAAGAACACAGCCGACUUGGGCCGUCCUAUGCCCCUGCGUGAUCAAGGUACUGGUGGCAUCUUUGACCGAUUUACCUCAAACGCCUCCUCCACCAGUUUGUGGCACAAGAUCACGCCACUGGCAGUUAGACCAUCCAAUGAUGCAUACUAUCGCGAACCUCGGGAGUACGAAGACUACUUGCCACGUGAGCCUCCAAGGCCUGUCCUGCAGCGCCGCAAUUCCUUGGGAAAAAUUAACACACAUGAUUACGAAGAGGAUGACGACUACUACUAUGAAGAUGACUACAAUGAUAAUUUACGACAAAAGAGAGUAAAGGAAAGUCGCGGGGCGCAGACAGUGCGAGUGAAAAACCAGCAACCAAGGCACGGCAUCCUCAAAAAGCCUGAGCCUCGCCCGGUGAAGAAGGAGGAGCCACGCAACACUAUCCUAGAGAAGUUAGAAGAGUAUCGCAACAGCCCGCCAAUCAUUAUUGCCAGUGGUAUCGUGCCUAAGAAUCUGGAGAGCCUGACCUCAGAGUACCAGGCGACACGUGGGGGCGAGUCACAAAAGAACGGGACAAAGAAUCACGCACCAAAAGAGAAGGAGCACUUUCACGACCGACACGCAGAAACAGGAACAAGCGUCACGGCCCCCCUGCUGGCGUCAUCGGGGCCUAAACAGAGUAUCGGGGACGUAUUCGACCGUCUUCACAACAACCGCAGGCUUGAACACGCGGCGCUCGUCUCAAGACGGCCGGAACUCAAACAGAAACCGAAGCCGAUCCCGAAGACGAAGGAAAGAGACACAGGUGUCGCCAGCAUCACCCCCCGAGCAGCCACGGAACCACAACGGAACGGAGGCAAGGACGUCUAUACACGGCUCUACCAGAACGCCGCUCCUGCAAGAAAACGGCGGGAUGAGUACGGAGAAUCGACACGUCUAUUGGAUAACGCUGCCCCCCACGCCCCCGCCCCAGCCAUCCCGAUUCGUCAUGAAGCCCACAAGAGCUCCCCGAGGGCCUCCAAGGACGUACAGAAGCUACAGACCCGCCCGGCCGAACACGUCAUUAAUAUGCCCCUGAACGGCAGCAAGCGGGUGGCUUGGCCUGUGCUGGGGCAGGAACCGCAUGGGAACAGUGGAGACCAGUGGCCACCGCUUCACCUCAGUGGUGGUGACAGCAGCCACCGGGCUUGUCCAGCUCUUCACAGUGACCUUCUUCCUGGUGGGGUGGUUCUGGGGGGUAGCCUGGGGGAUCCUCCUCGUCUCAAUUGCCAACAAGUACACCCAGUUCUUGUCAGAGCAUCGGUCCUCAAUCAGUGGGGCAGUCAGCCUAGAGAUGUUGGCAGUCAACGCCAAUUAGAUGUGCAGGGCUUCAACAAACCCCAUCCUCAUCACCUACCACCACUGCAAGCAUGGCCACGAAACUCAAGGCCACACCACCAAGGACCUCAAUAUACAUCGUCACCUCAUCCCUCACUGCCCUACACAAGGUCAUAUCUCCCCAGCCCACAACACUCAUGGCCACACCACUUGAGGCCACACCAUCCCCUGCCUAUGUUUAGACCAAAGCCACACCAGAGAGCCCACCCAUCACAGGCAAUAUCCUUGUCCCGUCGAGCAAGAAUUUAUGCACAGCCAAAACGCCCAGGUAUUCUGAAUUACUGCUGUUCAGUUUUAUAACAGCUUUUGGUUGUGAAUUUUUUGCCUUUUAACUUAAAUUUUGAAUACAUUUGAAUAAUUUCAAAGAAUUCAAGGAAGUUAAUGGAAAAUUUUUUUAUAUCAUAAACUUUUUGGCUGGCACCAUUACACUUUUCUGUUCAAAAGAUUUCUCUGAUUCAUUUAACUUGGAGUAAUACUUUUAAUAAUCACUCUCCACUCACUGUCCCUCUUCUAAAAUUCUAAUAAAAAUCACACAAAGAAAUCAGAUUCCAAUUAAGUUUUAUUCCAAAUCAGUGCUGAGUUUUACUCUCAAGAAACUAUGAUAGUUUGCUCAUGAUUUAUUCACUGGUAAUGAGAAAGAUGAUGUCAGUCACCUCAGUGUCUCUUGACAUAGAAUUAUCUUCAGUGUGAGCUAAAAUUUCAUAAUAUUUUCAGCUCUGUAAAACUUUCAAUGUCUUUCAGAUAAGCCAUUGAGCUAUUUUGAUCACAAGAAUAAUUUUCAUGUACUCAAAUUCUAUUUGAUAUAUAAAAAAAAAUAAAGAUUUUUCUUAAUAUUUUCUUCCAAUGCAUUAAUUUCCACUCAUUAUUUAAGUACUAUACAUUUUUGCCAAUAACAAACAUUAUUGUUCAUAUAUCAAUAUGAAAACAAAGGUAAUUAAGAGUUAUACCUAAAUUUAUGCCAUUGUUUUGCAUUAUCAUUCAGCAAGCUCCUUCCUCUUACUAUGUAAGCUGAUCUCCUUUUUUAUAAUGUUAUCAAUUCAUGCUAACAGAUGUUUUGAAAUCUUUCAUCUCAAUAAUACACAAUGUUUUUUUUUACAAGAAGUUAAUAUGCAAUAAACUGACAUAUUAUCACAAUUAAUUUAAUGUAACAGCCAUCCUAUCCUCUUUUUGUUAAGGUGGGUGCUGUGCCUUGACAUGGUCUGUGAUGAAGCUAAUAUGUAUAUGUUUAAACAGUUCUUUAUAAAUCUCUGGUGUGGCCAUCUUUUAUAGUGUGGCUGAGAGUGUGUGACAUGACACCAGUCUGUGAGCAGGCUCAUGGUCUCUGAAUGAAUUUGUUAAUGUGGUGCUGCAUGUGUUUGAGAAGUGACAGCAUAUGCCAUUUGUGGUGUAAAGAUUUUUAGAUAACAUUUUAGUCUUUGGCAUAGCAACAUAUGUACUAGUUUGUGGUUUAGCAAAAUAAAAGCUGUGGUGUAACAAUAGUUGAAGAUAUACUAUUAGUUUGUGGUGGUAUAACCGUGGUUUAAUUAUCAAUGGCAUGGUGCAGAGACAUACAGUGGUUGAACAAUUUUGUAAGAAGUAUCAGCUAUCUUGAAGCUGAUGUUACUGAAUGAUAGAAUUCAUUACCAUCCAUGAACAGGAUUCAGCUUUUUAAAAAUGCAUGUCAUCAAUAAUAUCACUGUAUAUUGUUCCUGUUAACCAUAACCACCACUACCACCAUAUGCAAGGUCUGUGAUGAUUUUUACAAGCUUCAUUGAGCUCUACUAUGAGCAGAUUAGAUGAGUAGGGAGAAAUUAAUUGAUUUGAAUACAACAAGCCAAGUACGUGACACACAAGGCUCAAGGAAUACAAAGGGGGCUGGAUGGCGUAGUUGUUUAAGACAGCUCGUGUUCGGGCCUCCGGUCUAGGCAGCCCCAGGUUCGAAUCCUUGCCUAGUUGCCCAGUGGGAAAUGUAGCAUUCUUCCGUUAACUUGGCCUAGCAGUGCCAUAUGACCUUAGCUGUUGUGGCGCCUAAUGGUAUAAUUUCCAUUCUUCAAGGAAUACAGAGCCAAACCGUAUUCAUCAUUACUUCUAUCUUUUAAACAUUUUCUUAAAUUUGCUUUUUUUUUUCUGAAAGCAUUUUCUUCAACUGAUUAUUCAAUUAAAAAGUAGCAACUCUUUUAACUUCAUUUUUACAUAAAAUAUUGACUAAAUUUUGCAAGGAUUUCUUUCUAUACUUACCUCAGAUUCUGAACAGAGUCAGUUUAAUUCAUAAUUGCUAAUUUUGUGCUGGUUCUCUUUACUCUAAAUGAAAGGUGUAUUAUCAUUUUGAAAAAAUAAUAAUAAUCCCACAAUAAAGGUAGGUAUAUGUAAUGCUGCCUAUAUAUGAAACUAUAUUUGCAAUGAAAACACAUGCAAAAUAUAUGAAAUACACAUAUCCAAUCAUUCACCUAUCAAUGCACAGUGAUUACCAUAUAUUCCAUUCUUUGAAAAUUACAAUGUUUUUUUUUAAUAGACAUGUACUAGCAACAUCAUGAAAUUUACAUAGGCAUCUUCUUAAAUAAUAAAGACUGUCUACUUACACAUCCAUAUAUCAUACUGAGAACCACCUUAUUUUAAGGAGGCAGUCAGGCAAGACAUGCUGAUAUAUCUCUGUUGUAUAUAUAUAUAUAUAUAUAUAUAUAUAUAUAUAUAUAUA